CCGGGUUGCCAUGUCUGACUCCCUCAGACUUGGCAUCCCUUUCAGCCAGUCAACAACCGGAACACACAAACGUGCCCCUCCCUUCUCCCUCUACGGAUGCUGCAGUAAAGUUGGCCGCGCAUGCGCACUUUCGGUCCUCUUUUUCUUGGAAGCACCGCUGACCCAUUGCACCAUGGCAGAUCCCGAUUGUGACUUCACGACUGGCGAGUCUGGCGCCUCCGCCACCAUCCCGAUGCAGUGCUCCGCUCUGCGUAAGAACGGGUACGUGGUGCUGAAGGGACGUCCCUGCAAAAUUGUGGAGAUGUCCACCUCCAAGACCGGCAAACAUGGACAUGCCAAGGUUAACCUGGUGGGUAUCGACAUCUUCACCAACAAGAAGCAUGAAGAUAUGUGCCCCUCCACCCACAACAUGGAUGUCCCCCACAUCAAGAGGAUAGACUACCAGUUGGUGAACAUCGCUGAAGGCUACAUGACCUUGAUGAGCGACAACGGUGACAUCAGGGAGGACCUGCGUGUCCCUGAAACCGAAGUCGGAAAGGAAAUCGAGACAAAGUUUGAAGCCGGUGAUGAGUUCAUGGUCACCGUGAUUUCUGCCAUGGGGGAGGAAUGUGCUAUCGCUACCAAGGUUCUUGCCAGCAAAUAGGGAGACAGACUAUGCUUCCCGGGGGCAACAAGCACCACCCACAACCAGUCUCUUGCAAUUCUCAUUGGUUCUUCUGUCACCAAAGCGUUUGGCUCUCACAGACAACCUCAAUCAUUCUGUUGUGAUUUCUCUCAUCAAUGAUCUUUUGUUUUUGGUUUUCUCUCCUCGCCCCUCCCUCCCCCUCCCUUUUUCGUUUCUCUUUUCCAUUGCUGUUGGGGAAAGUUCCAUCGCGGUCCUCUGCCUGAUCACUGAGGUUUUGUUUUGGUAACAAAUCUACUUUAUAUAUAAAAACGACUUCAAAAAUAAUGAUCGGUUGCUCAUUCCUGCUUAUUUUUGCCUUCAACGUGUUGGUUUUGCCACUCACAUUCCUGAAUGUUUAAAUAACCUCGGGAUUCAGCUUUUUACAUGAUUAUUUUUUUAUAUUCUUGAAUAUAGCAGGUGUGAAGCCUUUUAGAGGGUAGUAGGGGAGGGAGGGGGGGAGUAGUUUGAGUUUGUUAAAGCAGUGGGAGGGAGGGUUAUAGCCCCAGUAUAGACGCUAUAUUCUGGUUUAGGCCGUCCCUCUAGCAGCCAUACCGCUUUCCAGCCUGGCCUGGGCUCUUAUUCCUGAGGGGAUUGGGCUCGACCAGGUCCCUUUUUCGGGCGGCGGCGGCGGCUAGCACUUAAUGAGCACUUGACAAAAAUGUCAAAGUUCUAAAAACUAAGAAAAGAGAAGUUUUUAUUUUUUUUUAAUUUUAAUUUUUUCUUCUUCCCACCAAGAAGAACAGAAACAAACUUCAGUGAUUUACCCUGGUGACGCCAGUCUCUUGUCUGUGUAAUAGUUUGAUGGGGGCGUGAGGGUCCUGUGCGCUCGACACCUCUCGUUCACAGAGACAGUUGCUGCCCCGGCCAUCCCCACUGCCCCCCCCCCCAAAUACAAAAGGAGUGUUACAUUUUGUUUUGAGAGGCAUGAGUGUGUGUGUGGAGAGCGGUGUGGGGCCUCCGAAAUGUGCGAGGCGGUUUGCAGUGAGGCGUGUUUCUUUAGAGGGACUCGAUCGGGUUGGGGAGGGUGGUAGAGUUGCAAACUUUUUUUGUUCACUCGAGGCCUUUGUCACCUGACUGGAGAUGGCAAAAAAAAAAAAAAAAUAAAAAAGAUGAAACAAAUGGACAAAAACUGCAAA